GUCUGACUGACUGACUGACUGUCUGACUGUCUGUCUGACUGUCUGUCUGUCUGUCUGUCUGUCAGUCUGCUGCUGUUCUUCCUGGAGGGGUGGACGUCAUGGCCAGCCACCAGCAGACCGAGCUGUCCUACGCCUGGGAGAAGUACAUGGACUGCAGGCUGCAGGGAGCUGAUCUGCAGGUCAGCCUUCAGGGUCUGGAGCGCUUCCUGUGUCUCUUCCACUACGUGCAGCAUCACCCCGACCGCAGCAGCAAGGACGCGCUCAGGUUCUGCUCAGACAUGAGUGGGGCGAGUAACACGCUGGCGAGGGAGUUCCUGACGGACGUCCAUCAGCUAUGCAGCGCGGUCGCUCAGAGAGCGGAGGCACGCGAAGAGGACGAGGAGGAGAGUCAUAUGGUGGCUCUGGGAGAGUACCUGGUCAGGGGGCGGGGCUUCCUGCUUCUCAGCACGCUGGACUCCAUUAUUGACCAGGAGCUGACGUGUCGGGAGGAGCUGCUCACUCUGCUGCUGUCUCUGCUGCCGCUCGUCUGGAAGAUCCCGGUCCAGGAGGAGAAAGCCCCGGAUUUCACCCUGCCGUCCUUACUGGAGGUGUUCCUGAGCCGGGAGGUGAAGGCCGCCCCCCUCAGGGCGGGACAGAAAGCCCCCGCAGAUGAGCAGAGUUCGGGGAAGAGGUCCCGCGUUGGCAGUGGAACCUGGAAGUCCCGGAGGUCUCGCAGGACGGCGCAGAGAUACUCCGUAAAAGAUGCUCGCCGGUCUCAGGUCUCGACCUCAGAUUCAGAAGCAAACGUUGAAGACAAAGCUGGCCCCGCCCCUGGCGGCGCACGCAGCAGACGCUCACACGGCUCCACCUUCAGAGUGAGCUGUCAGCAUCAUCGUUCAGAGCCAUCGCAGUUAGCACCCACUGCCCCCCCCACUGCGACAGAAACCAUGAGCGCUCCGUACCCACACGCACGGGCCACCGGGUCCACGAUGGCCGACAGUGAAACCCUGACGGACCCGGCUGCGAUCUCCAUCUUCAACCGCAUGGAGAAUUCGCCCUUUGACCUCUGCCACGUGCUGCUCUCCCUGCUGGAGAAGGUGUGUAAGUUUGACAUGAGCAUCAACCACAACCCCAGCCUCGCCGUCAGCGUGGUGCCCACUCUCACCGAGAUCCUGACCGAGUUUGGAGACUGCUGCGGCCCGGGGGGGGGCGCAGGGGGAGGGGGGGGAGGGGCGGAUGAACUUGCUGGAGGCUGGACGGAGGAGCCCAUCGCGCUGGUCCAGAGGAUGCUGCUCCGCACCGUCCUGCACCUGAUGUCUGUGGAUGUGAGUCAGUGUGAGAGUCUCCCUGACAGCCUGAGACGCAGCCUGACCGACCUGCUGCGAGCCACGCUCAAGAUCCACAGCUGUUUGGAGAGACAGAACGACCCCUUCGCCCCCCGGCCCAAAAAGACCCUGCAGGAAGUCCAGGAGGACUUUUCCUUCUCUCGCUAUCGCCACCGGGCGCUGCUGCUGCCCGAGCUCCUCGAAGGAGUCCUGCAGGUUCUGCUGGGCUGCCUGCAGGCCUCCACUCCAAACCCCUUCUUCUUCAGCCAGGCGCUGGAGCUCAUCCACGAGUUCAUCCAGCACCGCGGCCUGGAGCUGCUGGAGGUCACCGUGCUGCAGCUGGAGGGAGUGGGCGGGGCCAGGGACUGUGAGGUGGUGGGCGAGGCUUCAGAGAGGCUGCUGGGACUCAUCGCAGGAGUAUUUAAGAUCAUCAGUGCUGUGAAGAAGGCAAAGUCUGAGCAGCUGCAUCAGUCUGUGUGCGCACGCCGCCGCCACCGCCGCUGUGAGUACUCCCACUUCCUGCAUCAUCACAGAGACCUGUCUGGACUUCCCGUGUCUGCUUUCAAACAGGCGGCGAGACGAAACCCCUUCGAAGAGGCCGGAGACGGUAAGGAGGGGUUGGAGGGAGAUGCGGCGCGUUACCCGGAGCGCUGCUGCUGCCUGGCGGCGUGCGCUCAUCAGUGUCUGCGUCUGCUGCACACGCUCUCUCCUAACGGGCCCGCCGUGCUGCAGGUCCUGGCUGGCGUUCAGGCCGUUGGGAUCUGCUGCUGUAUGGACCCUCGCUCGGUGGUCGGCCCCCUGCUGCACGCCUUCCAGGCUCCAGGUCUGCAGAGCUACCAGACUCACGUCCUGAGCGUCCUGAGCAGACUGAUCCUAGAGCAGCUGGGAGGUGGCCAACCGUCAGAGAAAGCUAAACUGGCGUCCUGUAACAUCUGCACGCUGGACAGCAGCCAGCUGCCCAGGCUGGAGGAGACGCUGCAGCACGCCGACCACGCCGUCACGCCCAGCCUGUGUUACCGCUCACAGGGCAUCCUGCCCAGCGGGGGGGGGGCGGAGGACAUGCUGUGGAAGUGGGACGCUCUGGAGGCGUACCAGGAGCUGGUGUUUGGCGAGGACUGGCAGCUGAGCCAGCAGAUAGCGGGACAUGUGUGUCACCUGACCCUGAGGGGGAACGCCGUCGUGCAGUGGCAGCUCUACACGCACAUCUUCAACCCAGUGCUGCAGAGGGGGGUGGAGCUAGCUCACCACGCCCAGCAGCUGGGCGUGUCCACGGUGUGCACGCAGGUCUGCAGCUACCACAGCCGCUGCCUCCCCGUGGACGUGCUGCUCGUCUACCUGCAGACGUUACCCGCUCUCCUCAAGUCCAGGGUGAUCCGGGAUCUCUUCGUCAGCUGUAACGGCCUGAACCAGGUGACCGAGCUGCUCUACCUGGACCAGACCCGCUCUCUGGCUCUGAAGGUGUUUGAGACUCUGAUCAUCGGGGGUGGACGGCUGCAGGCUGACGGACUGCUUCAGGAGCUGGAGAGUUUGGAUGCAGAAGAAAGGGAGGCCAUCUUGGGCUUGGCUGAGGAGCUGGGGUCCCGAGGGUCCGGAGAGGGCCCCCAGAGCCUCAGCAAAUUCUAUGAAGGUCUUAAGGAGGCGUACCCACGUCAUAAGAGCCGUGGCGGGCAGGGCCGAGGACCGGGUCGCAGCCGGGCAGAGACCCACCUCCAUGUCAUCAACUUGUUCCUGUGUGUGGCCUUCCUGUGUGUCAGCAAAGAGGCCGAGUCGGACCGAGACUCGGCCAACGACUCGGAGGACACCUCCGGAUAUGACAGCACGGCCAGCGAGCCGCUGGGCGGGCGCCUGCCUUACCUGUCCCCGGACAGCGUGGCCCUGCCCUCUAAGGAGCAGGUCCGCCGCGCUGCAGACGUAUGGUCAGUGUGUCGUUGGAUCUACCUUGCCAGCCCCCUGUUCCAGAGGCAGUUCUUCAGACUCGGGGGGCUGGACGUCUGCCUGCGCCUCAUGGCCAUGGUCAUCCAGAAACUCUCCUGUAAGCCCAAAGAUGGCAAAGCCAAGAAGAAGAGGGAGGGGAAGGGCAAAGGCAGCCCAGAGUCCAGCGCCCCGCCUGCCUCUCUGGGACCGGAGGACGUGUCUCCAGGCUCAGGCGAGGCUCCGGGUCCGGCUGAGGGAAAGACCAAAGAUCCUGCAAAGAAGCUGGAGGAGGAGUGGCAGCUCCAGAGUAUUCGUCUCCUGGAGGCCCUGCUGGCGAUCUGUCUGCACGGCGCUAACUCGACCCUGCAGAGGAUCGAGCCUGAGCUGUCUUAUCAGCUGCAGUCGGUGGAGGAGACUCUGUUCGAGGUGAGAGAGCAGCUCUCUCGCUCCGGGGUGGUGAACUCUGACCUCGCCGUUCCUCUGUUCGACUCCUUGCUCAGAGUUGCAAUGGCAGAGGUGUCAUCCGGUCCCGACCCCCCUGAGGAGAAGACAGACAGGGUGAGUCCUGCCGGGGGAGAAACUAAGGUCCAGGUGUUGGCGGAGGGGGCGUCACCGGCGGGCGAUCUGUCCGAGGAGGUGGACGAGGUGCAGAGCUGUGGCGUCAAGCCCCCGGGGGAGGAGGAGGGCUACGACGCAGACAGCGAGAGCAACCCUGAGGACAUGGCCAAGCAGGAAGAGGGUGUGAAGGUGGAGUCUUCAGCGCUGCGUGAUUUUGUGGCGGUGGUGGACGGUCCCGGGCGUGGCGUGCUGCUGUUUCCAGAGAUCUGCACGAUGGAGCUGCAGCUUCUUGCUGCGGGCUCCCCGGACCUGGAGGUUCUGAGUCACGUGUUCCACAGCCUGCUGGGCGCCGUGCACGCCAACAGUCGAAACGCCGCCUUGCUCUAUGACCAGGGAGGAGUCAAAACCAUCCUUUGUGGUUUUCACGGCAUCCUCAGCCAAUUAGACGCCUCCUUCACAGAUUGUCAGAUGGUGCUCGUGGAGCUGCUGGUCGCCAUGGUGAGCCAGCGAAUCACAGCGGAGGAGCUGGCUCUGUUGAUUCGUCUCUUCCUGGAGAAGACUCCGCCCACUGUCAUUUUACUGAAAGGAAUCCUUCAAAUAGUCGAAGCCAACAUGAACAUGGAGCCUCUUCACUUCCUCACAUUUCCCAUAAUCCUCGGUGCCUUGACACCCGGAGGCUCGUCCGCCGGCUCCCGACAGAACGGCGCAGCGGGAGGGAAAAGUGUUGGUCUGCUGUGGAAGGGGAAGCUCUCCCCCGGGCGCAGGGAGGGGGACGCAGACCCCCGGCCCAGCCACCUAGGCUCCUCCCCCUGGCACGUCGCACCCCUCCACCUUCCCCUGGUAGGGCAGAACUGCUGGCCUCACAUGGCGAGCGGCUUCAGCGCCUCCAUGUGGCUGAGGGUGGCAGAGCGGGAGGAAAAGGAGGCGGUUCAAGUUGAGGAGGAGAGUAAGCUCCCUGCAGCAGAGUCUCAUCACUCCUCCUCUCAGGAUGAACUCAGACGAGGUCUCGUUCACAUCCUGUCGAUGGGCUCGAAGGUGUUGAUGCUCCAGGUGUGGGCCGACUUCUCCUCGGGCUCGCUCACGUUCAGGAUCUGUAUCGACCCAAACGAUGAGAUCAAAGCAGGACUUCUGGCUCAGGCGGCGUCUGGAGGGGAUGUGGUCAGGGCGGGGCGGUGGCAGCACCUGGGACUCACCUACACCCAGCAGCCCGAGGGCAAGAAGAACAUCCACGGCCGAGUGGUGGUGUGGGUCUGCGGCAUCAGGAUGUGUGAGGUCUCUCUGGACUACACACUGCCCAGGAAGUCCAGUUUAUCUUCUGACAGCAACAAAACCUUCUGCAUGCUCGGUCACUGCACGCCGUCCUGCGGCGAGCUGCUGCAACACGGCGGCCCCUGGAGCAUGGGGACGGUGCUCCUGUUUAAUGGCUCUAGGAUUGGACCCGAGGAGGCGCUGUACCUGUUCACCAGCGGGCCCGACCUCACCUCCAUCAUGCCCUGCAAGUACGGCAAGCCCAGCGGGACAUUCUCCAAGUUUGUGAGCGAGGAAGGUUUGAAGUGUGAGCAUGUACGAGAGCUGCUGAUGAAGAGCGGAGACGUGGACACGACGGCUCUGGUGGAGAGCUUGGCUGUAGUCUACGCUCCCAGCAGUCCCAGAGUCUACACCAUCUAUGAGCCCGUCAUCAGGAUGAAGGGUCAGGCUAAGACCGUGGUCACCCAGAGACCGUUCAGCUCUAAAGAGGUGCAGAGCGUUUCUCUGGAGCCUGGCGCCCUCAGGUCUCUGCUCCCCACCGAGACGCAGGGUCUGCAGAGCGUCCUGCACAAGAUCGGAGGAACAGGAAACUUCGUCUUCCUCUUCGCACAGACCGUGGAGCUGAGCGACUGUGAGAAGACGCAGGCUCUGGCCCUCCAAGUGCUGCUGUCUCUGUCCAAGUUCAACCAGCACCGUAUCCACGAGAUGGACUGUUACCAUGGUUACUCCAUGAUCCACCAGGUCCUCAUCAAGUCCAAAUGCAUCGUGGGAUAUCAUAUGCUCAAAACGUUACUCGACGGGUGCUGCAGUGGAUCGAUCCUCGUCCUCGGGGAGGAUGGUCAGUUCCGUUUGGACGCAGAGUCCGUCGCUGUGGUUCAGGAUAUCAGACUCCUCUCAGAUAUCCUGCUGGACUGGAAGAUCUGGACCAAGGCCGAGGUUGGAGUUUGGGAGACUCUCCUCGCCGCCUUAGAGAUCCUCAUCAGGGUGCACCACCCUCAUCAGGUUUUCAACAUCCGUCAGUUCCUCAAGGCUGAAGUGGUGCAUCGCUUCCUGCUCACCUGUCAGGUGUUACAGGAGCAUCGGGACGAGCAUCUGAUCGCCAUCCCGCAGGAUGUCUGUCUGUCGUUUGUCAAAAUCAUCCAGGAGGUCCUGGGGUCUCCUCCGGACAUGGACCUCCUCAAACUGAUCUACAACUUCCUGCUGGCUGUUCACCCGCCCACCAACACCUAUGUGUGCCACACGCCGUCCAGCUUCUACUUCUACCUGCACAUAGAUGGAAAGCUGUACCAGGAGAAGGUGCAGUCCAUCAUGUACCUGAGACACUCCAACAGCGGAGGGAAGUCGGCCAGCAGCUCCGUGGUGUCGCUCUCCCCGACCGUCUUCACUGAAGCGCCACAUGAAGGUCAUCUCGCCGCUCCCUCUCCUGAACAUGGAGGUGACGAUCAGUCGUUACGCCCUCCCAGUCUGGCGCCGUCUCCUUACUCCUCCCCUCUGCUGACUCCUCGUCUCGGACACGGCGUCUCAAACGAGGCGGCUGAAGGUGAUGGGGUCUCCCUCGCCACUCAGCAGGGUCUGGGCAGCACAGAAACGCUGAAGAAGGGUGGAGGAGAAGAGCAGCUUCUGAGCAGCUGUGAGUCUGCAAAGACCAUCUGUGAGUCUAAAGAUGUGGGAGGAGCCAUGCGUACGCCGUCCAUCAGCGUGGAGGAGGAGCGGGACGAGGCGGCCGAGGUGGACAGCCUGGCGGAGGGCAGCGUGGGCGUGGCAGAGUCUGAGGACAGGUUUGAUUGGGCCAGCGAUGAGGCGCCCCGUCGCCCCGACAGCCUGAAGGGGAUCCAGUCCUUCCAGAGGAGCCACAGUAACCUGGCCAGUCUGGGUCUGGCUUUCCCCGCCCAGAACGGCUCGCUCGCCAUCAGCCGCUGGCCCAGCGCCGCCGACAGAGGCUCCAUGCCCGAAGACUGGGAGAGCUACACCUACUCACCUGGAUACGAGAGGACGCACAGCAAGGCCGAGUCCAACGACAGGUCCAGCACUGAGGACUGUCUGGUCCUGAUCUGCUGUGGACUCUACGACCUGCUGAGGGGGAUCCUGCUGCUGCUGCCCGACCUCAUGCUGGAGGAGGUGAUGGACAAACUCAUCCAACCAGAGGCCCUCAUCGUCCUCGUCAACCACUCGUCUCCUCUCAUCCAGCAGGGCGUCAUGAAGCUGCUGGAUGCUUAUUUCAGCCGAGCCCAGAAGGAGCAAAAGGAGAAGUUUCUGAAGAACCAUGGCUUCUCCCUGCUCGCCAACCAGCUGUACAUCCACCAGGGCAGCCAGGGGCUCCUCGAGUGCUUCCUGGAGAUGCUGUUUGGACGUCCGGUGGGCCUGGAGGAGGACCUGGACCUGGAGGAAAUGGAGAACAUCUCGCCCUUCAGGAAGCGCUGCGUCAUCCCCGUGUUGGGUCUGAUCGAGAACUCUCUGUACGAGAACUCUCUGGUGCACAACAUCCUGUGCAUGCUGCUGCAGCUCCUCAACGCCUGCCCCAAGCUGGCAGACAUCCUGCUGGACCACGGGCUGCUCUACGUGCUCUUCAACACCCUCUCCACGCUCAACGGCAUGGAGAACGGAAUUCCCCUGAACGACUACAAGCUGCUGGUGUGUGACAUCCAGCAGCUGUUGGUUGCCGUCACCAUCCACUCCUGCAGCUCCUCGGGCUCUCAGUACUUCCGCAUCAUCGAGGACCUCGUUACCCUGCUGGGCUUCAUGCAGACGAGCACGAUGCGGCGCACGCAGGAGAUGGCCGUGGCGCUGCAGUUCCGCGUCCUUCAGUCGGCCAUCGAGUUUAUAAAAACUACGGCCAAUCAGGAACCUCAGAAGUCGAGCAGCUCAGUCAACGCAGCGAGUUCUCCUCACCACGCCAUCUACCAGAAGAGGAAGAGCAUCGCAGGCUCCAUCGCCAUGAAAGACUCCAUAAUCCCCCGAAUCCCCCGACAGCACUACUGCUCCUACGGCCAGAUCCCCCUGCCCCCCCCCUUCAGCUUCCUGGCCCAGGACUCCCCCCUCUCCUCCUCCCCCUCUGGAUCUCCGUCCUACAUGCUCCACUGUGACGCAGGCCCGCGGCGGUUCUCUCUGGCCCAGACGGACUCUCUCCUGAUGCGGAUGCGUUCUGUAGCCAGCGACGAGCUGCACCAGAUGAUGCAGAGGAGGAUGAGCCAGGAGAACCCGAUCAGAGCCAGCGAGACCGAGUUUGUGCAGCGGCUGCAGAGACUCGUCGUCCUCGCCGUCAACAGACUCAUCUAUCACGAUGUGAGUCAGGAUUUAUUCGACCUGUUGAACAUUCCUGAGUCUCCGGACCAGCAGCUGUUAAGUCCAGAUCCAGAUCAGCCUCAGGAGGAGUGCGGCUCCUCCUCGGCGCCGCACUCCCCGUGUCCCUUCACGCUGCCUCCCGCCAGCAAGAAGAGCUUCCAGAAAGACGUCCUCCGCCUCAUGAUGGACGGGAUCAAAAUCAGCCUGGGCAGCUCGGGGCGAGGAGGAGCUCCUCACCAGCAGUGGAGGCGGAUCCUGUGGUCGUGCCGUGAUACUUUCCGUGUGCAGAUUGGCCGCCUGCUCGUGCACACGCUCAGUCCUGCGCUCGCCCUCUCCGACAGGAAGGAGGCGCUGGAGUUUGUGUUCGAUCCUCGACAUCUGGACAUCCUGAAGGAGAGCCUCAGCCCAGGUCUGGAGCACGGGCCCAAGCUGUCGCUCUACCUGUACGAGAUGCUGCACGACCACAAAGACGAGCUGAGCAAAGAGGAGCUGAACGCCGUGGGCGCGUUUAUGACCUCGCUCAAGCUCUGCGGCCAUCGCUGCAUCCCGCCCAACACGCCGCACAAAGCCGACCUGCUGAAGGCCAUAAAGGAGGAAAAGUUCAAGUACGAAGCAGAAGAGAAGACGAGCAAAACGGCGUGGGAGAAGAAAAUGGCGAGCACUCAGAGGAAUCUCAUCCAGAGGCUGGACGGGAAGUCCAGAGACAUCUCCAAGAUCGCUGCUGACAUCACGCAGAACGUGUCGCUGCGUCAGGGCAUGGAGAGGAAGAAGGUCAUCCAGCACAUCAGAGGGCUGUACAAGACCACGCUGAGCGCCAGCAGACACUGGCAGGAGCUGGUGCAGCAGCUCACACACGACCGGGCGGUUUGGUACGAUCAGACUUCUUACCCCACGUCGUGGCAGCUGGACCCGACCGAGGGGCCGAACCGAGAGCGGCGGCGGCUGCAGAGAUGCUACCUCACCAUUCCUAACAAAUACCUGCUGAAGGACAGACGCAAGCCCGAAGACACCGUGAAGCCGGCGUUGUCCUUCCUGUUUGAGGAUAAGACCCACUCGUCCUUCUCCUCCACGGUCAAAGACAAAGCCACCAGCGAGCCCAUCAGGUUCACCAGGCGCUGCAUCAGCGUCGCCCCCUCCAGGGAGACGGCGGGGGAGCUGCUUCUGGGAAAGUCCGGCAUGUAUUUCGUGGAGGACAACGCCGCUGAUGCUCACGACAGCCAGAGUCUUCACGGAGAGACCGAGGCUCCUUCUUUCUCCUGGACCUACGAGGAGAUCAAAGAGGUGCACAAACGCUGGUGGCAGCUGAGAGACAACGGCGUGGAGAUUUUCCUGACCAAUGGCAGGACGCUGCUGUUAGCCUUCGACACGAGCAAGUUCCGUGACGACGUGUACCACAACAUCUUGACCUCUGACCUCCCCAACCUGCUGGAGCACGGGAACAUCACGGCGCUCACUCAGCUGUGGGGCUCCGGUCAGAUCUCAAACUUCGAGUACCUCACACAUCUCAACAAGCACGCGGGACGCUCCUUCAACGACCUCAUGCAGUACCCCGUGUUCCCCUUCAUCCUGAGGGAUUACACCAGCGAGACGCUCGACCUGCAGGAGGCGGGCAUCUACAGGAAUCUGAGUAAACCGAUCGCUGUGCAGUCCAAAGAGAAAGAGGACCGCUACGUGGAUAACUACAGGUAUCUGGAGGAGGAGUACAAGAAGGGGAUCCGAGAGGACGACCCCAUGCCCCCCGUCCAGCCCUAUCACUACGGCUCGCACUACUCCAACAGCGGCACCGUGCUGCACUUCCUGGUCCGGAUGCCUCCUUUCACCAAGAUGUUCCUCGCCUACCAGGAUCAGAGCUUCGAUAUCCCCGACCGGACGUUCCACUCCAUGAACACCACGUGGCGUCUGUCGUCCUACGAGUCCAUGACGGACGUGAAGGAGCUCAUCCCCGAGUUUUUCUACCUCCCAGAGUUCCUGGUCAACAGAGAAGGUUUUGAUUUUGGCGUUCGUCAAAACGGCGAGCGGGUGAAUCACGUCAACCUGCCGCCCUGGGCGAGAAACGACCCCCGUCUGUUCAUCCUGAUCCACCGCCAGGCGCUGGAGUCCGACCAGGUGUCCCAGACUCUGUGUCAGUGGAUCGACCUCGUGUUCGGUCUGAAGCAGAAAGGCAAAGCCGCCGUCCACGCCAUCAACGUCUUCCAUCCCGCCACUUAUUUUGGGAUGGACGUUUCGGCGGUGGAGGACCCGGUGCAGCGCCGCGCUCUGGAGACGAUGAUUAAGACGUACGGUCAGACGCCCCGGCAGCUCUUCAGCGCCUCGCACGUCUGCAGGGCGGGCACCAAACUCCUGAUGGAGGGCGAGCUGCCGGCCGCCAUGGGGCUCCUGGUUCAGCUCGCCUUCAGAGAAACACGAGAACAGGCGAAGGAGAUCGUCUGCCCGAGCCCGCUGCCGUGGAUCAAAGGUCUGAAGUGGGGCGAGUACGUGGGCUCGCCCUCCGCUCCCGACCCCGUGGUGUGCUUCAGUCAGCCACACGGGGAGAGGUUCGGCUCUCUGCUGGCUCUGCCUACACGAGCCAUCUGUGGACUGUCCCGCAAGUUCUGCCUCAUGAUGAUCUACAGCAAGGAGCAGGGUGUCCGCAGCAUGCACAGCACUGACAUCCAGUGGUCGGCCAUCUUGAGUUGGGGCUACGCCGACAACAUCCUGAGACUGAAGAGUAAACAGAGCGAGCCGCCAAUCAACUUCAUCCAGUGUUCACAGCUGCACCAGGUGACCAGCUGCGCCUGGGUGUCCGAUGGCUGCCAGCUAUUUACGGGCAGCAAGUGUGGAGUCAUCACCGCCUACAGCAACCGCUUCACCAGCACCACGCCGUCAGAGAUGGAGGUGGAGUCUCAGGUUCACCUGUACGGACACACAGGUGAAGUCACCAGCCUGUUUGUGUGUAAGCCAUACAGCAUCCUGAUCAGCGUCAGCACAGACGGCACCUGCAUCCUCUGGGACCUCAACAGGCUGUGUUACGUUCAAAGCCUCACAGGACACAAAAGCCCGGUGACCGCCGUGUCGGCCAGCGAGACGACGGGUGACAUCGCCACAGUGUGUGACUCAGUGGGCGGAGGCAGCGACCUGCGCCUGUGGACGGUGAACGGUGACCUUAUUGGACACGUUCACUGCAGAGAGAUCAUCUGCUCAGUGGCGUUCUCCAACCAGCCCGAGGGCGUUUCUGUCAACGUCAUCGCUGGAGGGCUGGAGAACGGUGUCGUCAGGUUGUGGAGCACCUGGGAUCUGAAACCAGUGAGAGAGAUCACCUUCUCCAAGUCGAGCAAACCCAUCAUCAGCCUGACGUACUCGUGUGAUGGUCACCACCUCUACACGGCCAACAGCGAGGGCACGGUGAUGGCGUGGUGUCGGCGGGACCAGCAGAGAAUGAAGCUGCCCAUGUUCUACUCCUUCCUGAGCAGCUACGCUGCAGGCUGACCCCCCCCCCCCCCCUCCCCUUCCUCCUGCACCCACAGGGAGGAAUCAGCAUGCUCCCCCCCCUCCCUGAACCUUCCAGACUUUAAACUUUGACCCCCCUGGCUGAGCUCGCUCGACCACAAACACUCUGAGCAUCGUGAGACGACGAAGAUAAAUCUAUAUUUAUAAACAGUGAAGAGUCUGCAGCACUUCACUGAACGAGUGUCCAAGCGAGUGUCUGAGCAAGUUUCCGAGGGAUUGUCCGAGCGAGUGUCAGAGCGAGUGUCAGAGCGAGUUUCCGAGGGAGUGUCAGAGGGA